AUGGCGAUUCACUAUCUUAUUCUGUUGUCCCGUCAGGGGAAGGUGCGGCUUGCAAAAUGGUUCACGACGCUGUCCCCCAAGGAUAAGGCCAAGAUCGUCAAGGACGUAUCACAGCUCGUCCUCGCUCGAAGAACACGCAUGUGCAACUUUUUGGAGUACAAGGACACUAAAAUCGUUUAUCGACGAUACGCCUCGCUCUUCUUCAUUGCAGGAUGCUCUUCCGAGGACAACGAACUGAUUACACUCGAAAUCAUCCAUCGAUACGUCGAACAGAUGGACAAGUACUACGGCAACGUAUGCGAGCUUGAUAUCAUCUUCUCUUUUACCAAGGCCUAUUACAUCCUCGACGAACUGCUUCUUGCAGGAGAGCUGCAGGAGAGCAGUAAGAAGAACGUGCUGCGCUGUAUUGGACAGCAAGAUUCAUUGGAAGAUAUGGAGGUCGAAGACGAGGUCACCAAACUCAUGUAA